AUGGGGAUCCCUCAGAAGUCGACUAAGACAAAAACCAGGAGACGCCUGAGAGACCUGGAUCAAAUCCACCUUGAUAUUGCCGAUCAAAAGCACCUGCUGCAACACAAGAAUAGCAAGGCACCAGAAGACCUACCGGGUCUCGGCCAGUUCUAUUGUAUUGAAUGCGCAAAAUGGUUCGAAAGCGAGCAUAGUAUGGUCACACAUCGCAAAGGUAGCACGCACAAGAGACAGGUCAAAGCUUUGAAGGCGGAACCAUAUACACAGAAGGAAGCCGAAGCAGCUAUUGGACUCCGAACGGAUAAUGGCCCUCGGCUUGCAGCCAAAGAAGAUACCAAAGAUAUUGAGGUAGAUAUGGAGAAUUCCGGAUUCCUGGACGACACCACGUGA